AUGUACAUUUCUCUACAAAUCCAUGUCAAUGUUCCAAUCACCAUUGCUGCAACAAAUAAAGUAAAACAGCAUCACAGACUUCAUGGUGGUGAAGUGAAGACAGAUGCGGAGGCUUUGUAUGUGACAGAGCUGGUGAAGAUGUACAACGACAAGCUGAGAAAUGUUGUACUGAAAGAGCUUCUUGCUGAUAAAGAACUUCAGAAGAAAGAUAACCCACUUCCUAGGAAAAUCAAGAAACUCAUUGAUUUAAAGAAAAGUCUUGAUGAAUUUUCCAAAGUUGUAGACUGUAUAAGUGCAGUUUACACUGCCCGGUCAUUGGAUUUCUCUUCCACAAUAGAUCUCCCUACCCUAGAAGAUGUCAGAGAAGUUAAAGAGAAACUCUGCAGAAUGAAAAGAACAUUGAAGUUUAAAGAACUUUGUUCUUUGUUUGAGAAAUAUGAUAGUGAUUUCAAGACCUGCAGUGAAGCUAUUUUAUCAGCCAUUUUAGGUCUUAGUGAAGAUUAUGGAAAAUGGCUGUCUGAAAUGGACAUACAGAUGCGCAAACAUCAUAUAGAGAAAUACUAUAUUGAAAGGGCUAUUGAAAAAGCUGAAAAUGAAAAAUCAGCAGACUGGAUUCAGAGUGAACUUUCUGGAGCAGACUGCUUGGUGAAAUGUCUACAGGAUCUUGGUUUCAAUGAAGAAACAGCAGUGACAAUCUCUUCAAACAUUCCUGAUGAUUUGAUUGCUCUACAAAAGCCAUCCUUCUGGGCACUACGUUAUUUGGAUCACGCUUUUACUUAUCACCCCCUUCUUUCUAACUGCCCAAAGUACCCAGAAAAUGCAGACACACUGGAUACAUGGUUUAAUAUAACCUUACCCCAGAACUCUGAUGAACCCAAUGAAGACUCGACAAGGACACAUAAUGUCAGAAUGAUUAACAUAUCAUCAAAGAAAAGUGAAGGCAAUGCUCUGGUUGAUGUGUUCUUGAAAGAAGGAGCAAAAGAUACAAAGCGCCAGUUUCUUUAUCACUCAACUGAUCAUGUGGGUGCCAUGUCAAUUGUUAGAAAAGGUAUCAUAUUAACAAAUGGAAAGACACAGCAAGAUUUUUCAAGUGGUGAUGGCUUCUACUUGUCAGAAACAUUUGAAAAUGCUAAAUACUGGAGUAAAGCAUGCCAGGGAAAACAGGCUAUAAUUGUAUACACAAUCGAAAAUCAUUUGCUCAAUGCUAGUGAACAAAAUGGCUGGGACUUCACUACAUCUGAUCACACUAAGUGGGAGGAGGUUAUUCGCUGUUGUAGAAGUGGUUACACUAACAAUAAGGCGAUGAAGAAGGCACUGAAAAAAGUUACUUUUAUAAGAGGUCCAAUGUGUAAAAAUCCACCGGCAGUUUCCAUGGGCGCACGUGCAAAAGGUUUUGGAGAAAAGGACAGCAUUCAGUUCUGUAUCCGUGAUGAUGAUUAUGCAGAAAACUUUGGCUAUUUGCAAAAUUUUGCUUGUGUCAUCUUCUACUGA